CGCUAGUACUUCAGUAACAUCUGCCAAAAUCCAAGUGAAUGGAGUCCACCUGCACUAUCAGCAGACAGGAGAAGGAAGCCAUGCGGUUCUUCUGCUUCCCGGAAUGCUAGGGAGUGGUCAAACCGAUUUUGGGCCACAGCUGAAGUCUAUGAAUAAGCAACUUUUCACAAUUAUUGCUUGGGAUCCUCGGGGAUAUGGACAGUCCAUUCCUCCAUCUCGAGACUUUCCUCUGGAUUUCUUUGAGAGGGAUGCAAAAGAUGCUGUGGAUCUUAUGCAGGCACUGAAAUUUAAGAAGUUCUCUUUGCUGGGGUGGAGUGAUGGUGGAAUUACAGCACUCAUUGCAGCUGCAAAGUAUCCAACUAUUAUCCACAAGUUAGUUGUCUGGGGAGCAAACGCCAGCGUUACUCAAGAGGAUGUGAGAAUUUAUAAUGGCAUCCGAGAUGUUUCAAAAUGGAGUGAAAAGGUCAAGAAACCACUGGAAGAGAUGUACGGACACAAGUAUUUUGCAAAAACCUGUGAGGCUUGGGUAGAUGGAAUAUCGCGCUUUGCUGAAAAAUCAGAUGGUAAUAUCUGCCAAGAGUUGCUGCCAGAUAUUAAAUGUCCCACAUUUAUAAUUCACGGUCAGAAAGACCCUUUGGUUCCACAAGCUCACGCAGAAUACAUUCAUAAGCACAUCAAAGGCUCCCGGUUGCUUUUGAUGGCAGAAGGAAAGCAUAAUCUACACCUGCGUUUUGCAGAGGACUUCAACAGAGAAGUGGAAGACUUCCUACACUGACUUAGACCGUAAAACAAGUUAGAGG